GUGUCUUGUCGUAUAGGGAAACAUGCCUGAACCCGCUGCUGCAAAGUCCGCGCCCAAGAAGGGCUCCAAGAAAGCCGUGGCCAAGACCGCCGGCAAAGGAGGCAAGAAGAGGAGAAAGAGCAGGAAGGAGAGCUACGCCAUCUACGUAUACAAGGUCCUGAAACAGGUCCACCCCGACACCGGUAUCUCCUCCAAGGCCAUGAGCAUCAUGAACUCGUUCGUCAACGACAUCUUCGAACGCAUCGCCUCUGAGGCCUCCCGUCUGGCUCAUUACAAUAAGAGGUCCACCAUCACCUCCAGGGAGAUCCAGACCGGAGUGCGCCUCCUGCUGCCCGGUGAGCUGGCCAAACACGCCGUGUCCGAGGGCACAAAGGCGGUGACCAAGUACACCAGCUCAAAGUAAACUGUUGUGAUCCUUACCAUGACCUCAAAGGCUCUUUUAAGAGCCACCCACUCUGAUCCAAAGACUAACUCGUGUUUGCUGUAGGUUUGUAUGACUAACGAACCCAAUUUAUCACUGAUUAAUGGUUUAGCUAAAUUUAAUCAGUUAGCCAGUAUUAACACGGAUGAUUAGUGACAUGGCAAUUAUUUUAGCAGGACUACGGUUUAAACCUGUAGCUUAGAUGUAGUUUACUAUUAAACUGCAAAACGAGGCAUUUUGAACCACUCAUAAACUGGUUCACCACUGGAAGCCUUGUUCAGCUCACUGGG